GCCGAACCCCAAUGGGGUGCAGCAGCAGCGGUGCAGCAGAAAGAGAGGAAGGCGGUCGAGCUGGGGCGUGGGAGCAGAAUCGGGCUCGGCUCAUGGUGGGGAAUUAGAGGCUGGGCGGGGCGGGGCUGGGCGGGCGGGCCAUCGGAGGUCUUGGAGCCGAUGGCUAGUCGAGGCUGGCCCCGGCGGCCGGGCCGCGGGAGCGCGAGCUGGAGCUGGAGAUGGAGGCGAGCGAGCGAGCGUAGUGUAUGUCGUAUGAGGCCCGAAGGCGCCCCGGCUGGACUGGCUGGCUGGCUGGCUCUCUACGAAGAAUAGAAGCGUGGGGCAGUAAUGGUGGAAAGAGAAGAGAAUAGAAGAGAGCAGAAGUUGGGCCAGUUAGAGAGAGAGAAAUGGGGGCAGGAGCAGCACGCUUGAGAUCGCCGGCACGAGCAGCAGAGUAUAUCUGUGGGGAUUGAAUGGGAGCAAGGGGAGGCACUGUAGUUAUGGAGCGCGUAGUCUAGCGCUCGCAGCUUAGCUGCUGCCCCCCUUUGCUUAUCAUGACGCCUAAUGAUUCCGCUGAGUAUAUGAAGUGUGGAUUUUGAAUCCUCAGAUGCAGCAUCCUGCCUACUCAAUCACCUCUUCUUACUGCCCUCCAUGCCAAGAGCGUGAGAGAGAAGACGUGAGCCAGAAGAGAUAGAGCUAGGCCUCCCCUCCGAUCCUCCUUCCCUGGGGAUUGUCCUGCGGUGUCCUGCCCAUCCUCCUCCCUUUGGCUUGGGAAUGCGCUAAACCUUCCGUGCUUCUUUUGACGCAAGCGCACACUUGCUCCGGAGUACGGUACCUGUGUCGUCUUAUAUCUAGUGUGGAUCUAUUACGAGCCAAUUGUCUCUCUUACGAAAGAGGGAGAGCUGGGAUCGCGCUGGGAGCUGUUUGUCCGAGGACCGCCUAGGCAGGGAGAAACGGUGCCGAGGUUGCUCUUUACCAGUGCUAAAGAACUAGUUGCUCUACACUGAGCGGCAGACGCAGGAAGUUCUGAUGGGGACGGUAGUCCCUACACGGCAGGUGACAGGGGAGGUUCUCGUUAGAAAUUUUGAUAAAACCACUGACGUGGAGAAGGUGCUGGCUCUUGAGCAAACAUGCGAGGCCGGAGACAAUGCCAAUGAUAUGACGCUUCUGCAAGAUUUGCUCGGAGACCCGCUCUCCAGGGUCCGGCAUUAUCCAUCGUAUUCUAUGAUGGUUGCUGAAGUCGAUCAGGAAAUUGUAGGCGUGGUGAGAGCUGGAAUCAAGACGGUUGUUUGUGGGAAGAGCGGGGCCAAGUCUGUGCAGUCGGGUAGCCGCAGUCGCACCCAUUUGCAAGAUGUCCCAAUUUACGCAAAGGCUGCGUACCUGUUGGGCCUGCGGGUUUCUCCCGCUCACAGAAGAAUGGGUAUUGGACUUAAACUAGCCAUGAAAAUGGAGGAGUGGUGCAAAGAGCAAGGUGUGGAAUAUAUGUACUUCGCGACCACGAAAGAUAAUGCGCCGUCAUUGAACCUGUUCACCGAUCGUCUGCAGUACACUCCGUUCAGAUACCCAGCUCUUCUUGGUCAUCCCAUCUGGCAUCACUCGGUCCGCUUGCCGUCGCACAUCGAAGUGACCAAGCUCAGCGUGGAGGCGGCUGUGGCCAUGUACCGGUCCGUAAUGAACACGGAAGAGUUUUUCCCCGAGGACAUUGAUAAGAUCUUGAAUCACAAGCUGUGCGCCGGCACGUGGGUGGCCACGCUGAGGGAGGAUCGACAUUCAGGUCUAUGCUGCGGAGGAUCUUGUAGGGUGAGCGAGAACAUGGGAACAAUUGAAUCGUCAUUUGCGCGGAGCGACGACGGGCGACCGAUGCCUAAAUCGUGGGCGGUGCUUAGCUUAUGGAAAUGCAACGAAAUUUUUAGCUUCCAAGUAAAAGGGGUGCCAUUGUAUAAGCGGACGGGUGCUUUAAUUUCUCGGUGCUUGGACAAGGCCCUGCCGUGGUGUAACAUACCAUCCUUCCCCAACGUGUUCAACCCGUUCGGGUUGCAAUUUUUGUUCGGCCUGCACGCGGAGGGUCCGAAGGGACCCGAGCUGUUUAGAAGCCUUUGUCGACACGCGCACAAUGUGUCGAGGAAGGACGGAUGCCAAGUUUUGUUGACUGAGGUGGGCGCAACGGAUCCUCUCAGGCAAAGCAUUCCCCAUUGGGAGAAGUUCUCGUUCGCCGACGAUGUGUGGUGUGUUAAAAACCUUGUAAAGUUAGCCGAUAACGGCGGGGAUAGUGAUCGCAGUAGGAAGGUAGGCGCAGAGUUGGAUCGAAGUAGCUUCGACUGGUGCAGGGUGCAGUGCCCUCCUGCGUCCACCAUGUUCGUAGAUCCAAGAGAUGUUUAGGCCGGGCUUCAAUUCCCUCAGUUCCUUGUAAAAAUACUAAAGCGUUGUAUACUACCCACUGUUUUGCAUCGGGCUUCUGC